AUGGAGAACGUGAAUCUUAUUAGCUCAAACCCGCCGGGUACUAAGCCAGAUCAACCUAACAAGAUUGUGGCAACGCAGCAGCUGGCUGUUGCGAAAACCCCUAGAAGGCGCACUAAGACCGGCUGUUUAACCUGCCGACAACGUCGUAUCAAAUGUGGAGAAGAGAAGCCAAUCUGCAAGAACUGUACCAAAUCAAAACGCGAGUGUAAGGGCUAUGCGCAGCGAUUGAUCUUCAAAAAUCCUCUAGGACUACCUGGAGUCCCGAGUACCAUUCAAACACAGCCUGUACCACCAAACCAAUUUGAGAGCCGACUCGACUUUCAACUGACGUCGGCGGGCACCCAUGGGCCAAUACUGGCCCCAAAAAUUCCUGCAGCCUCUGCUGUAGAAUACAGGCACCCACAGCCUUCUGUUAGAUCUCCUGCAGGAAUUCACAGCACUCUUACUGCGUUCGCGGAACAGACUCGUGUUUCUCAGACAUCACUCCCAGAAUCACAACCUUACUCCAGGUUGGCAAACCCAUCAGUUGAAUUUGAUCAGGCGAGACGGGAGUCAUCAAAGAAUACCCGGGACGAGUAUUCUCAUUAUAUCGUGCAUGAGUGGGAUUCUUCCCAGUUCCAAAGUGAGGCCUCAACUGCCCGAGGGCCACCGCACACAAUCAACACACAAGGAGCCCCUCAACAUUAUGAGGUUCCUGAACCAAGUCCAGCAGGGACACUGCCUAUUCAACAGUCGAUAGAACCUCAAACGAACACACGUGACCGAUAUCUGUCUCCUACAUCUCAAUUAUCACCCUUCCACUAUGAAGAGGAUGAAGAUGGAGACUACUAUGAUGUGGAAUCGGACGAGGAACCGGCGCAAGCGGCCAUGCAAGAUUUUAACCAGCUAAACAUGGUUCUGGCAUCUGCAAACAGGGAUGCAACUCAACAUCGUUCUUUCACCACGUACUUGAAUGAGGCCAAUAUGCUGGCAACCUAUCAGCCGGACUUUGGCUCUUCCCCUUUUAAUAAUCCCAAGACGGCCCGAAUCUUCUUGCAUUUCAUCCACGCCACCGGUCCAGUACUGUCCAUAUUUGAGCGUCACGGGACGGAUCAAUCCACCAUGCUCGGUGCUCCAGUUCCUAUGGCGCAGCAAGGAUUGUGGACAUACACUCUUCCCCUCAAGUCUUUCCAACAUCAGGCACUACAGCAAGCUAUUCUAGCACUGGGUAGCUUACAUAUCGCGUAUCUUCAACAAGCCCCAUCUACUUCCUCGCUCAAACAUUACCAGUUUGCGCUUAAACGCAUAGGAAAGGCGGUUGGACUCCCUAUGCAACGAAAGCAGUUGGGCACACUGGCAGCUACGCUGCUUCUAGCAUACUAUGAAGUGAUGAUAGCCGAUCAUUUCAAAUGGAACAAUCAUCUUGCAGGAUCAGCUCAACUAAUCCGCGAGAUUGAUUGGGCCGGUUUAACUCGCGACCUCCGCGCUCAACGACGCAGACGAUGGAUUGAGCGUAGCAACACCCAUAGCUUUUUUCAGGAUAUCUAUAUGUUCAACAACCCGACAGUUGAAGAUGAUCCUUUCGCUGAACUAGAAGCCAAUAUUGACGAGAAUCUCAUAGGAUGUUUUUUAGGGCGUGCCGUCAACUAUGACCAGUUUGGACAAAUCGAAGGGGAGCACACCCAGACCCGGAACAAACAUCUUACCCGCAAGGAUAUCGAGACUUUCCGGACUCAAUGUGAUCUUUACUGGUGGUAUUGUAAACAGGACUGGUUACAAAGUCUUAUUAGUGGAGGCCCAUUAUGUCUACCUUACUCUCAGUGGGGUCAGUGUCCUCCACGUGCGCGUAUAGGGCUCAGGAACGAUCUUUACGGCACUGCAGAUCACUUGACUCUGCUGAUGGGUCGACUUGCGGAUUUUGCAGUACGGGAUAGGAAGCGAAAGAUAAAAACGGCCAAGUCUGCCGGGUCCGAGUGGAGACCAGACGCAAAGUUCGGGCAAUUCAUGGGUCGGUUUGUACCCAGACCGGGAGGGCCAGGUCAAGGACCAGCUAAUUCUGGUGGUCUUCCUCCCGGACAGCCCGGGCCUCCUGGAUUUCCUGGUGCUUCAACCACCCCUGGGCAUACUGGUCCCGGUCCACAGCCUUCCAAUACAGAAUCGGGGCAAGGAUCCAAUCAAUCUCAAGGAGGCCGCCGAGUCUCGCGGCAGUCUUCUAGUGCCUCUUCGCCUCAAAUGCCUCCCUUCUAUGGUAUGAUUCCUGCAAGCGGGCCCACGCGGUUACCUGCUGCUUUCGCCACUUCAUCAAAAAUAAGCGAGACACACUCUCAACAUGACGAGGACGUCGAUAUGUCGUAUGAAGAAGCAGAACGUGAGUGGGAAAGCAUAUUUGCGGCGUUUGAGGUAUUCGCUCAGUCGCUUGGCCCCGAUUUUUUGCCUCUUUCACCAGAUGCUUGCCGACCAAUCUACUCUCCUUUUGGACCGGCGAUCCAGUACUACACACUCAAUAUGGCCUGUCUCAUGGCUUUCUAUUAUACCGGCCGCAUUCUUUUGUUGCGGCUCCACCCCUCGAUGCCCCCUUGGAUGCACGUGGCGGCUGGAUACUCGGCGGCUACAACCGCGGAUUACGCCCAGACUAUUGGUAGGAUAGCGGCGGGCAUCUACGGGGCACAAACUGGCCACCCAGGAAUUGAAGGUUUCAGUCCAGUGGUAGGUUCAUGUCUGAUUGAGAUUACGGUACCCAUUUUCUUCGCAGGGGUGCAAUACGCCUCGCCGGACCAGCGGAGCUGGACUAUCGGCGUCCUAAGCGAAAUUUCCCGUUAUACAGGGUGGAAAUCAGCAGAUGCGAUUGCCAAUGGGUGCGAGCGGUCUUGGAGAAAUGCUGCAGCGCAAGGACGUGGACCUCCCUAUCAGCAGGAUAUGGGCGUGGAGAAGCCACCGAUUUGGAAGUACACGGAGUAUGAGACCAAUCGUGAAAGGUGGUUUGUCAUGGGCUCAGCGAUCGAGCCUUACGUUUGGGCAAUGGGGAUCCUGAGUUUGAAUGAUAAGGACUUCGAAGGAUGA